AUGGUCAAUUCACCUGACGAAGAAAUCUUUGGAGAAAUUUUACGGAAGAAAAUGAAGAAAAACACUUGGAGAGAAUACUGGGUGAUUUUACGAAAUGACAGGCUUAUCUUCAUGAGCCCAAGUAAACGAAAAGUCGCUGGAAUGAUUAAACUGUCACAGGAAACAACGUGCAAGGUUGUUGGUAGAAAGUCAUCCAAGCAUGUUCCUGAUCAUGGGACGAAACCAACGGUUGAUCAUAUGGAAAAUGGAGACGGAACUUGUAAAUUUAAAUUAUAUGCAAAAAGAGGGGUUCACCUUUUAAAAACGGACUGCAAAUCCAGUUGCGAAAGGUGGAUUGAAGCUAUUUCGCAUGUGGUACAUAAUCUGUGGGAUAUGAAUCCUUCUAACAAUGCCCCAGCGGCGCCGUUUUAUAAUGGGAAACAAAGCCUUAGAUGUCGCCUUAAGAGAGAUAUUAUCAAUACAUGGGCCGGAAUAUUUGGGUAUGCUACAUUGGUAGAAGAAGACGAGGGGACUGUAGUAGAAGAGAAUAUCGAAGACUCAGGUGGAAUUCAAAAUGCGAAAGCAAUAUCACCACGGAUAACUGUUACUGAACAAGGCACGUUUUCCAAGUGGAUAAACUUUCGAAACCAUUUGCCGCGAGCAAGAAGCAAUCCCAUUAACUACAAACUUUUGAUUGAAGACAUAACAAACUGA